AUGCACGACGAGCCCCCCGUCCUCACAGCCGUCUCCAGCGCCGCCCGCCAGCUGUUCACGCUGCUCCGCUGCAUUGCAUUCGCAUCCAAGGCACAUGUCACACUCAGCGAGGACGGUCUAAAGUUCUCGGUCAGCGAGGCGAGCCUCAUGGAAGCCUCGGCCUUCCUCGACAAGUCUCUGUUCACCACGUUCAGCUUCCGUGCGCCCCCCAUCCCGUCCCCCUCCGCCGACUCCGACGAAGAAGACGCAACCCCGCCACUGACCUUCCACAUCUCCCUCACCGCACUGCUCGAGACGCUCCAGAUCCUUGGUCUCACCGACCCCAACACCUUGAGGCCGCCAUGGGCUCGAGACAGCCCGUACCCAACAAGCACUGCCUUCUCGCACAAUGUCUUGGGCAUGAACAACCUGUGUCGAAUCACCUACGACGCACCCGGCGCACCGCUCUCGGUCAUCCUCACCGAGGCUAGCAUACGGACGUCUUGCGACUUGACCACAUACGAGCCCGAGUACACCGACGACAUACCCUUUGACCGACAGAGCCUUGCAUUCAAGACAAUCAUGCGUGGCAGCUGGCUGUACGACGCCAUUGUCGAGCUCUCGUCCACGUCGCCCGACAGUCUGACCAUGUACGCCAAGAUGGUGCGUGGCAAGCCCUUCUUUGCGCUCUCUUCCACGGGCACUCUGGGCUCAGCAAGAGUCGAGUUCAACAACCAGCCUCCAAAGUCCUCAUUCCGUGCAACAGCAGCCAACAACCAUGUCGAUGCGCCUCCAGCAAAUCUUCUCGAAACAUUCCAGCUCUCGGACGAAAGCACUGUUUUGCGACAAAGUUACAAGUAUGGCUAUAUCCAAAAGGCAGCGCGCGCCAUGAGCGUAGCCUCAAAAGUCAGCGUGAGAGUCGAUACGCAGGGUGUGCUCAGCAUGCAGUUCAUGAUCGAAGUCGAGCCUGCGGCCGGAGGGGGCACCAGCAAAGUUAGCUUCGUCGACUUCCGCUUCGUGCCGCUCGUCGAAGAGGAGGAUGAAGCUGGUGACGAAGGCGAAACAUUUAUGCAGAACGGCGAUGAAGCGGAUGGGUACGAUGCAUUCUGA